AUGAUACAGAAAGCUUUCGUUUCUGUUGGUGUUAUUGCAGCCACACCAGUGUCUUUUUUUUGUUGCAACACAAGUGGUCAAGCACUGUGCACGGUUUCCAAAACCACUAAAACCAUUACACAGAUCAGACAUAACAGCAACGUUCAAGCAUCCUUGUCAGUAGGAGGAAAGCGACAACCUAGAGCGCAGGCAGGAGCCAUAACUCGACGAAAUGUAGGGGUUAAUCCUCCAUUAUUUCAUCAAAAAGUGGUUCAUUCGGAUGGCAGCACAUUCACCAUUCGAUCGAGUUCACCCAGAUCGAUUCUUGUUUUAACGAGAGAUACAUGUAAUCAUCAGCUGUGGAACCCCACAUCACAAGCAGUGGAUGAUCGAGGUGGAGAGUUGCGCAAGUUUAGUGAACGGUUUGCAGGAAUUGGAGAUCUUGGGCAGUUGGAGAGUGAGAUUGAGUUUGUGCAAGUGCAGUCCGAGUCAUCCAAAGCGAAAGCAGCAGCAGCAGCGGCGGCAGCAGCAGCCAAGCUUGCCGAACAAAGCAAGAAGACCAAGAAAAAGAAAUAA